AUGUUUACAGUAGAAACAGUACCGACUAAACCAUUUCCUGGUCAAAAACCGGGUACUAGUGGAUUAAGGAAACCAACGAAAACCUUUAUGCAACCUGGAUAUACUGAAAAUUUCAUCCAGUCUAUUUUAAAUGCUGCUGUAGGUGAUCACCUUAACAAGUCACAACCAAUCCGACUUUUAUUGGGUGGUGAUGGGCGUUAUUUUGUUCGAGAAUCACUGCAACGUAUUAUUAUCCCGAUAUGUUUAUCUAAUGGGGUAUCUGAAUUAUUGGUUGGUCAAAAUGGGAUUAUAUCAACUCCAGCAGCAUCAUGCGUUAUCCGCAAGUACAAUUUAAAUGGUGGUAUUCUUUUAACCGCUAGUCAUAAUCCUGGUGGACCAUGCGCGGAUUUCGGGAUUAAGUACAACUGUGAAAAUGGAGGUCCUGCCCCAGAAAAAGUUACAGAUGCUAUUUUCGCGCAGAGUGAACAAAUUACUUCUUACAAGACUAUUAAAGAACCUUUAGAUAUUCAAUUAAACUCUCUGGGUUCAACGAAAUAUAGUUUAUCCAAUGGUCAAACUGUUACUGUAACAAUCAUUAGCAGUGUUUCAGACUAUGCUGACUACAUGAAGACAUUAUUUGACUUUGAUGCUAUCAAAGCUUUACUUACUGGCUCUGGUGGAGGUGAACCAUUUAAAUUGCUUGUCAGUGGUUUGAAUGGAGUUAUGGGACCAUAUAUUCAUGAGAUCUUGUGUGAUAAGCUUGGGUUAGAUGCGAAGUAUGCUAUCAAAGCUGUUCCACUGGAAGAUUUUGGUGGGGGGCACCCUGACCCUAACCUGACCUAUGCUGCGGAUCUUGUUCAAAUGGUAACCUCAGAUCCAACAAUUGCGAUGGCUGCUGCUUUUGACGGUGACGGUGAUCGGAAUAUGUUAAUUGGUCGUUAUGGUUUUUUCGUUUCUCCUUGUGAUUCACUUGCUGUUAUAGCUGAUAACACUGAUGCGAUUAAGUAUUUUCGGGAGAAUGGAGUUUAUGGUUUUGCACGUAGUAUGCCUACUAGUAGAGCACUGAAUCGUGUAUGCGAGAGUAGAUCAAUGAAAUGUUAUGAAGUUCCAACUGGAUGGAAGUUUUUUGGCAAUCUAAUGGAUGCUAAGUUAUGUUCUGUUUGCGGUGAAGAAAGUUUUGGUACAGGUUCUGAUCAUAUUCGUGAAAAGGAUGGUUUGUGGGCGUUAUUAGCCUGGUUAUCAAUUUUGGCUAGUCGAUAUCAAUCAGGUUUACCAGUUGAUGUGGAGUCUAUAGUACGAGAACAUUGGAAGAAAUAUGGAAGGUACUUUUUCACCAGAUAUGAUUACGAAAAUUGUGAAUCAAGUCAAGGUGAGGAAAUUAUGAGUCGAUUGAAGAAGGUUAUUGUUGACAAUGGAAUAGCAGGUCAAGUGUAUAAGACAAUGAGUGGUCAUGAAUUUGUUGGUGAUUUCUGUGAUAAUUUUUCAUAUUGUGAUCCAGUAGACGGAAGUUAUACUGCAAAUCAAGGUUUCCGUUUGAUGUUUAAAGAUGGAACGCGAUUCGUAUACCGUUUAAGUGGCACAGGAAGUAGCGGUGCAACACUUCGAAUAUAUAUUGACACAUACGAAGCAGAUUUUAACAAGCACACACUUUCUUCACAGGAAUAUCUAAAACCGCAUAUUGAAUUGGCGUUAAAGUUAUGCGGACUACCUGUCAAGUCGAUUAGUCAUAAAUCACCUGGUGAAGUUGAUUUAGAACCAGGGCAUCGAGCUGUGCAUUUUGGUAGUGAAAUGGCUAACGAAGAUCAUGCAACAAAUAAUUUAUCGAAUAAAGCGUCAAAUCCCUACCCAUCCAGUCAUCCUCCACAUGUUGGCAGGAAAGUGAGCUUUUCUGACCUACCCGUGGUUAGUGGUGUUGCUGAAGAACGUCACUUAGAUGGGAUUCAUCAGUCUCGUAUGUCAGCAGAAGAUGAAGGUAUCUAUGAAGACGAUGAUUCUGGACAUCAUAUAGAAGUUCGUUUAUUGGAUGGAAACACAGAUGAUAUACCAACUUUACCUUCACACCUUAAAAAUAUGCCGGUGUUUGAAGUAAAGUUGGGUAUGCUUAAGCAGGCAACAGUUUAUCGUGUUGAGUUCACAGUACCGGAUAGUUUGAAGCCUGGUGAAUUAGAAAUUUUGAGAACUGUCGUAGAAAUUGAUGGUCAUAUUAGUGUACCUGUCAAUGUUGGUGCCUCUUUUAAUCUGUUAAGCUGUGAACCUAUCCCUCCACCUAAUCAUGGUCAUGUUUUAGUUAUGGAAGUUUCGACAACUAAACAACCGCGUGUCAACGAGCUGAUGACGUUGCGUCGAGUUGAAACACCAACAGAUUCUAUCUGUCUGCUUCUUCAUGGGAUUUCUCUGGCUAAGGGACAAGGAACUCCACUUCUACGAUCUGGUAUACACCGAAUAAAUGAGAAUCAAGAGUAUAUCGACUCAGAUGAGUACACUGAAUGGCCUGGCUUUGUGAAUAUUGACGAUGAAGAUGAAGAUGUCCCGACAGGAACUGACAAUACCCUUGCUAAUGAAGGUCACAGUGAAUGCUCAUAGAACAUUGUUGAAAUCUCUCUGUUUCCUUUCGCAUUUUUAUAUUCAGCUGUGUUUUCCUUUAUCGGUCUGUUGAUAUAUAUAUUUCUCUACCAUAUGUCCUAUUUAUGUUGUUUUUAACUAACGUAUAUAUUCUCCUUUUAUUGAUUUUCACUGGGAAAUAAUACAGAUAAUAGUGAUAAUCCUCUUUUACACCACACAAUACUUUCUGGUUUACUCUCUUCAUCAUUUAACUCUUGCAAUCAUAUUCUACCGUUCUCAUGUAUUCACGUGGAUAUACACAUAAGAUGGUUGGUGUAGAUGGGGUGAUUGUGUUUAUUUAUCGUACAACUGGACUUCAAUAAAAACACUACUUUCCCCUUGGAGCAAUGAUAAUGAUGAGCAAUGGAGCUUACUGAAUUAAGCCACGAAUUUCUUUUCGAUGAUUAUUCUUUAAUUUACGAAACUGUUUAACUGACUAAAUCACUUAAUUGAAUUAUCUCAAUGUAAACAGACAGCUUUAUAUGCUACACUAAUUGUUGGUUCACUCUGUGGGUGUUUUUCUGUCAUCCUCCUAUAUUAACAGUGAUAAGAAUUCAGAUCAUGGCAAGACCUAUUCAUCAUACCAUCUAUCUUUUAUAAUGUUUAAUAGAGAGGGUGAAAAGGAAGAAGACAAUCUCAUUGUUCGAUUUUUCCUUAUCUCCGAUUGUUUUGCAUACACAGGGGAAGAUCUAUCUUUCAGUGAUAAUUUGUUUAUUAUAUUAUGAUGGUGAAUAACGUUACUAAUUAAUCGUCGUCAGUAAUUUAAUGCUCAUAAGGUUAGGCUUCAUCAUGGUUAUAAUACUCCACGUUAUUUUAUGUGUCUUAAGCGGUUACUACUAUGUGUCUUUUUUCGUGUUCUUACUUUUAUUGUCGAUGAUGUACCUUGUUUCCAUUGUUUAUCUUUAUUGUUAUUACUGUAAAUUUUCACCUCUCUCUCUCUCUCUCACUUUGAAAAAGAAACUUGCAUAUAGUAGAUAGGCUAUCAUCAGGUCGUGACACUAUGUCAUUAUCUUAAAUGAAAAUAGGUCAUGUACAAAAAAUAUUGUUUAUCACAAAGUAAUAAACAGGGUCUCUGUUGUUCUUAUUCACUUUAAUAGCUAUUAUAUACUUAGUGGUUUUUCUUACAAUUGAAUUGUCAGUGAUACAUGUACACACUUAAGCAUAUAUUAUAUUGAAAGACGACUAUUAUGCAAUCGUUUUGUUAUGAUUCCUGGGUUUACCGAUUGAGGUUUCACAUCCAUCAGGAAUGGAAGAUAAUAAAUAGUUUCCUGGAUGUUUUUAAAGCUUAUUGUUGUUUCUGUAUUGAUCACACUUAUAUGAAAGAAAUAGGCUGAGAUAAACCGUAGUUUAUUUUCAGGCUCAAUGUGAAUUAUGGUUGAAUGUCCAAGAGAUAUUGGUUAUCAGUUGUGGAAUCCUUAAGAUUGGUAAAAAUGUUACUCUGAAGGUCAUCCUAGCAACUACUGAAAUACCUAAUUUUAUUUCUUUUUAUGAAAAACUACCUGUUCAGCUGAAAUAAAGAAACGUCACUGGUUAUCUCGACAGUCGAUAGAAUGAUCUUUAGAAUCACUUGCAGUUAGGUGGUUUAUAGUGUGUCCACUCAAUGAACUAAUAUUAUACUUUGGAUUUGUCUCUAUCAGAUGCGAAUAAAACAAUAUAUUUUGUAAUGUACCAAAUAAUCAUGGUUAAAAACAG